AUGGGAAUUGUGUUUAAGCCGGCAACCACACCGGUACUGAUUUCCAAGAUCCCGUGGAAGGUGGUAUUCCAUUUUUGGCUCAGUCUUCCUGGAUUUUCGGUGCUAUUGGCAUUUAUAAUUGGAUACGGGCUUCAUUAUGAGCAUAUGACCAAUUACUUUUGGGGUUGUCGGAUUGUACAUUUGCCAUCGAUUUCUCGCAUUUUGAACUUUCCAAUCGAGCGAAUCGCAUGGAACUUGGCGACAAUUUCGGCGUUUCCACUUCAAUUUUUCAUAAUUUUGAGACAAUAUUUCUUCGAAUUUUCUGGAGCAACUCGUCGAAUUUUGGUGGGCUCAUCGAUUUUGCAGGCGAUGUUCAUCACAUUAUUGGCGACGGUUGGAGAGAGAGAGUCUGGAAUCUUACACGUGGCAUUCUUUUGCGGCUUCGCCUCGACGACAAUUCUCAAUUUUGCCGUGUACAGUAUGACGAAAAACGAUUUGUACAAAAAUCGACGAUUGUUGCUGCUCAUUUCCCUCGCGAUUUGCAUUCCAACAAUAUUCCUCGCAUUUUUGCUUCACAACGGAUUUUGUGUGAAAUUUGCCUACGAGAUUUUUGCGAGCUUCGAGUACCUCACCGUGAUUCUAAUUUAUUCAUUUCAUUUCUCGCAAUUUCCCAUCGAGCCAUUUUUGACGAUGGGCGCACUUUUGGCGGCGCCGUUUUGCGCGGCAUCGACGGCAUGCUGUUUUGGAAGCGCCGCGUGCUCGUUGUGCUGUUCGGCGUGUCCGACGAAUCGCAAUUCGACGAGCACUCGUAUCAUGUUCGCCAUAAUGCUUUUCGCAUCGACAAUAAUUGCAUCGAUCAUGCUGUCGCCGGGAAUUCAGAAUAAAUUGGCGGAGAACAAAUGGUUUUGCGAGGGAUUGAACGAGUACGCCGGCAUCAAUUGCGCGCACGCGGUUGGAUAUCAGGCAGUGUAUAGAGUUUGCGGCGGAACCGCCUCAUUUUUCCUGAUCUUCAUGUGCUUCAUGUUCGGCGUGAAAUCGUCAAAAGAUUCCCGCUCGACCGUUCAAAACGGAUUCUGGUUCUUCAAAUAUUUAUUGCUGAUCGGCUUGAUUCUCGGCUUCUUUUUCAUGAGAAGCGACGGAUUGUCAACACCGCUUAUGUACAUUGGAAUGAUCGGCGCUUUUGUGUUCAUUUUGAUCCAAUUGAUUCUAAUCGUCGAUUUUGCGCACGGAUUGGCCGAGAAUUGGGUGUCAUCCUAUGAGGAUAGCGACUCGCGUCUUUGCUACGCGAGCCUCAUUAUCACCACAUUCGGCGGAUUCCUCAUCGCCAUCGCCGCGCUGGUUUUGAUUUUCGUGUUCUACGCCGUCGGCGACGGUUGCGCGCUGCCGAAAUUCGCCGUCAUCUUCAAUUUCGUCCUCUGCGUCGCCGUCAGCAUUCUCUCGAUAACGCCGUUCGUGCAAGAAAAAAUGCCGCGCUCCGGACUCCUUCAGGCCGUCGUCAUCUCGUCGUAUGUCAUUUAUUUGACAUGGUCCGCACUCUCGAGCAAUCCAAAUGGGAAUUGCAAUCCGUCGAUUCAUAAUAUCACUCUUGGUGCGAUCGAUUCGACGAAAAAAGAAUUCGGUGUUCCAUUGCCGGCCCAAUCGAUCGUUUCUCUCCUCAUUUGGCUCAUAUGCCUCAUUUAUGCGUCGAUUCGCAAUUCGUCGAACACGUCGUUGGGAAAAAUCACCGGCGGGACUCAUGAUGAAAAUUUGCCGAUGAAUGACGUCGAAGGUGCCAAAAAUUCGAGAAGUUGGGAUAAUGAGAAGGACGGCGUCGCUUAUUCAUACAGCUUCUUCCAUUUCAUGUUCGCUUUGGCCUCAUUGUAUGUGAUGAUGACGCUCACUUCGUGGUAUAGCCCCGACAGCGAUUUUACACAUCUCAACUCAAACAUGGCCUCGUUUUGGGUGAAGCUCAUCUCAUCAUGGUUCUGUAUUGCGUUGUACGCGUGGACAUUGGUUGCGCCGGCGUUAUUCCCCGACCGCGAAUUUUGA